GGGGCAAUGUUGCCCAAGUCCUCGUUCCCCACCUGCGGAGACAGAAAGCGCAUCUUUCCUGCGCCAUGGCAGCUCUUCCGCCAUGGAACCCCAGAUCCCCGGCGGACCCGGCGGAACCAGCAGACCGAGACCUGCAGAUUGGCGGGCAGCUGUGGCUGCGGCCGCGGUCGUGGACUGCAACAAGGCCAUCACCGCCAGUGCGAAGGUCCAGCAGUGGCAGAGGGCGCUACAGCUGUUCGCUGCUUUGGGCAUUCAGCGGACCGUUGUCAGCUACAAUGCCGCCAUGCGCUCUGCAGCCUUGCAGUGGCCGCGCACACUGACGUUUCUGGGCCAGCUCAAAGUGCACCGCCUUUCUCCUACAAGCAUCACGUAUAGUACAGCAAUUCAUUCUUGUGACUGCUGCGGCCUUUGGCAAUUGGCCAUCCAUUUUCUCGCGGAUCUUGAGAAAGAAUGCUUGCAGCCAAACAUCAUUGCGGUCAACGCAGCCAUCAGCGCUUGUGCGAAGGGCGAUGAGUGGCAGAUGGCAAUUUCCUUGCUGGCUGAAGCUCGCGCAGACCCUACAACCAUCACCUACAACUCAGCCAUUAGUGCUUGUGGCGGGCGAUGGCAGCUGGCGCUUGCCUUGAUGGACGAUGCACGCACCAGAUUGGAGGUAGACAUCAUCACCUGCAACUCGGUGAUUUCUGCACUGGGCGCCGGCGGAGAAUGGCAGAGGGCCUUGGCUUUGGCCUCUUCACUGGUGGCGCAAAGGCUGCAAGCCACUGGCGUCACCUGCAAUGCCCUAGUCAGCGCACUGGUCGCCUGCGGCCAGUGGCAGAAGGCCGUACUGCAGCUCCGUGAGUUCAGGCAGAUGUCCGUGGAAGCGAACGUCAUCAGCUACACCAGUGUCAUCACCGGAUGCGAGUGGCACGCUGCCUUGGCCAUUUUGUCCUCGUCUGGCCCCUGGUCCCCCAAUGUACUCACCUUGAACGCGGCAAUCAGCAGCUGCGACCGGGCGGCCCAAUGGGCAAAGGCCGUCCAGAUGUUGUCUCACUUCCAGCACCUCCGGCAGUCCGGGGAUGUUGUGACCUAUAGCGCUUUGAUCAGCGCCUUGGGCGGCGCCGAGCUCUGGCAGAAAGCUUGGCAACUCUUCGCAGAGCUCCCGGAGUUGUCCGUCGAGUGGAACAGCAUUACGCUGAACUCGCUGAUCACUGCCCUGGACAAAGGGGGCGAAUGGAGAAAGGCGGUGGCGUUGUUGGCGCAGGUGCGGCAGGAUGUAGAGGUUGAUGUGAUCGCAUUCAACGCCGCCAUCAGCGCCUGUGAGGAGGGCGCGCGAUGGGAAGAGGCGCUGCAACUUCUGUCGGAGCUGCUGCAGACACGCAGCGUCCGUGCUGACGUGAUCUCCUUCAACGCGGCUAUCAGCUCCUGCGAGAGCCAGUGGCAGGAGGCGCUUGGCCUUCUCUCGGAGCUGCAGUCCAGAUCGAUUCAGAGGAACGAUGUCACCUUCAACGCUGCCACCAGCGCCUGCAAGGGCGGCGGUUGGCCGCUAGCUUUGUUGUUGCACGCAGAAGGCGUCAGGCGAGGCGUGGCCAAGACAGCAGUGUCUCGGAACAGCCUCCUCAGCGCUUGUGAACGAGGCGGGGCCUGGCUGGUGGCUUCACUGCUCUUGUCAGCCAUGCGUUGGCAAGACAUUGAAGCCAGCGGCGUGUCCUACCGUGCUGCCAUCAGCAGCUGCGAGAAGAGCAAGCUUUGGCGCCGGGCCUUGCAGUUGCUGUUGGCGCUUCAGGAGGCUUUCGUGGAAUCCAACGUUGUGACGUUCAACGCUGCAAUUGGUGUGGCUCAGGCUUGACAUUCAUGGUUUUACAGUCGGCAUAUUUGCGCCAAAACCGUCCAAAAAGAGGCAGUGCUCGUGCGAGCAACUGUUCAUACGAUGCCAAAACAAUGGCCUUGCCUAUCUUGCCAACCUUUUUUUUUGGGCGGCCCGCGUGUUUCCUUUGCAGCAUUUAGUUUGCGCCGCUUGCUGG